AGAAGCUCAGUAUCACUCCCAAAAUCUCUUCUUCUCCAACUUUGAAACAACCGAAGUCGGAAGAGAUUUGUCCAUUACAAUGGACACUGCUUUGCUUGUGUUGUUAUGUGCUUUUCCAGUUGUUUGGUGCUACAGUUCGGGUUUGAUUAUGGAUAGCUGUGGGGACUUGCUGCCUCACCACUCGGGGCUGAGGCCACAGACAGGACCAUCACCUUACACUGUUACCACAGAGCACAGCAGCUACAGACCUGGAGAAGAAGUCAAAGUUAUGCUUCAGGGUCCAGCAUCUAGUCCAUUCAUUGGUUUUCUGCUCCAGGCUAGAGUAGUGGGGGACAGUUUUCCUGUUGGCUGGUUUUCUUUGAUAUCAACAGCUGCUCAACUCCUCACCUGCCACCACAGAUCUAAUGCAAGUGUGUCCCACAGAUCUAACUCUGCGAAGAAUUCCAUCCAGGUGGCAUGGAAAUCCGAGCCAUCAGGAGACAUAAAAGCUGUUACAUUCCAUGCCUCAUUUGUACAGAAUUACCAGGUUUUUUGGGUUAACGUGACAAGUCCUUCCCUGAAGAUUGUUAAUGACUAUCAAGAUGGAUCAACCAGUUCACCGACUCCACCAGUUUCCAGCACUCCACAACUUCAUGGUAUCUCAAGUGCGGGCUGCGGCAUCACAAAAGUGUGCUUCAGUCAGCCCCCAAACUGUGAUCCAACGGUUUUUCCUGACUGUUACUUCAUGUCGGCCAUGAUGACAUCUCCUAAUGGUCCAGCCAUCCGCUAUGAGAUGACAGGUCCUUCUGAUGGAUAUAUCGCUUUUGGAUUCUCAGAUGAUCAGAUGAUGGGAAAUGAUGAUAUAUAUAUCUGUGGCGUGGGAAAUAAUGGACGGCUGUGGGUUCAACGGGCCUUUUCAACAGGACGAUCAGCUCCACAAGUUGUUCCUCUGGGAAACGUUUCCGAAGUCAAAACAUCGAUGCAAAACAGAGUCCUCAGCUGUUCCUUCACUUCCACAAAUAUGAUUUCUACCAAGGCAACUUCUGGCUUCAAAAAAAGCUACCACCUCAUGUUUGCCCAUGGGCCCAGCAACAGGGGGGGAAUCCAAAUCCACACAGGUACCUUCAUCAGUGCCAACAAGAUAGAUGUUUCCAGACCUUCACUAGCCCCAAAAGCUGGACUGCCAUGUCUCAUCCAAGCACACGGGGCACUGAUGCUGAUAGCCUGGAUGACCCUGGGAUCAAUGGGAAUGAUGGUUGCCAGAUAUCUCAGAGCAGCAGCCGGGGGACUGAAUUUUUUGGGGAAAGAUGUUUGGUUUCUGGUCCAUGUUGCAGUGAUGAGUCUGACACUGGCGGCCACCGCUAUUGGUUUCAUCCUCUCCUUUUCCCACGUUAAAGCCUGGUCUGGGGGGGCCCAUCCUGUGUUAGGGUGCAUAGUCAUGAUUCUCUCUUCGCUCCAACUCUUUCUGGCUCUGCUGCGCUGUGGACCGCAACACAAGCUGAGGUUUCUGUUCAGUUGGUUCCAUGCUUUAAAUGGAAUGGCUAUAAAAGCAAUAGCUGUGGCAGCCAUAUUUACGGGUCUGGAGUUGAUUGACAGCACCACGGACCACUGGCUGAUGAAAGUGAUGGGGGGCUUUGUUGGCUGGGAAGUGUUGUUCUACAUCCUGUUGGAGUACCAUCUGAAAUGGAAGGUUAAGGGAAAUGAUGAUACAGCCUCGCUAGGAUCGAAAAUGAUAAGAGCUGAUUCUCUGCUGGUGACUCUGUACUUUUUGGGAAACUUUUCCUUUUUGAUUGCUCUUCUGGUCGGUAUCGGGAUGUUGUGAGCAUAAAGAACAGCCGAAGGACCACUGAAUAUAUCUAAAUAAACUAUCAUAGCUGCAAUAAGUGAGGCUGUCCGACUUUUCCAUUACUCCAUUCUUGACCUCUUUGGACCUUUUUGUGUGGAUCUCCUUGUGCAUGCAUGGGAUAACAAACUCUGGCCUCUCACUAGUAAUAAGCGGCAUAAAAACAUGGAUUAAUGUUUAUUCAAUCCAUUACAAAAUGUGUAUUGGGGGUAUACAUAGUGGGUGACUCUAACAAUAACCUUCUUAAAUGAAGGAAUAUCCUGAAGAAAAAGUUUUUAGUCCAAACUUCUCUUAAUUUAGAGGUGCAGGACCAGCGGCAUGAUGCAGUCAGUGGUCUUGGAGUUUGUCUUUGUUCUGUGCUUGAAGGAAGAAAAUGUGUCAACUAUU